CCCCCCUCACCCCUCUUCGCCUUGUGCCACUUCGCGUUGGUUCACAAUGCCUGCAGUCCUUCCGGUGUUUCGUAUUAUCGUAUUCUCCACUGUUACGCUAUGCUCCAUCGUGGUUCUUGGCCUUGCGGCCUACCUCGAAUCUCUGGUCAAUGGUCAGAGCAGCAGCAGCCCGUACCUGACCUUCAUUGGCCUCGGUAUAGCUGCCGGUGUCAUCACUGGCGUCCUCAUGCCUACGCUUCUGCUCAUUGGCCGCGUAUUCCCCAAGUCCUUUACCUCCAAAAUCCUAUUUGAGAUCAUCCUUAUGCUUGUCCUUUGGGUUCUCUGGAUCGCCACCGCCGGUAUUACUGUAGGUAACAGGGCUGAGUUGUACCCGGAUGGCUGCGACCUCCGAGUUCCCCAGGCCCAAAGCAUCUGUAACAUCAUCACGGCCAUUGAGGCGUUUAGCUUCCUUAACUGGCUCAUGGUGUUUGCGUACUACGACACCCUCGUCCUGUACUCUAUCAUCCGCACCAUCCAAGGCCGCGGCUGCUGGCUCUCCUCCGUCCGCGAAGCCAGCAACGGUCCUACUGGCCCUGCCGCUGCUGUCCCUGGUGUCGUACCGAUGACCCAACAGCCACUCCUCCAGCAAUACCCCCAGCAGCCGCAGGGAUACCCCCAGCAACCAUAUCCCCAACAAGUCCCCUACCAACAACAGCCUCCCGCGCCCGGUACCCCCUACGGCACACCCCCGCAAGGCCCAGUCGCCCCCCAUCCCAUGUACGCAGGCGGCCAGCCCCCCGUCCCCGCCCCGCAACAGAGCUACACCCCUCCCGCCCCCGCUGGCCAAGGCCAACCCCUCUACCCGCAGCCCACAGGGAGCUCUGGCGCGACUGGUUACGGCGGCUACCCCGAGCCCUCCCCGUCGCCGGGGCAGGACCCGAACUUGCACGGCUACUCGUUCCAGGCGCAGCAGGGCAGCCAGCCUAACUCGCCCGCGCCUCCUGCUGGGUCGCCUGCGCCAUCGCAGGGCGGAUAUCCUCAACAACCUCAGCCCCAGCAGCCGUACUACGGCCAGCCUGGGCAAGGCCCGGUUCCCCACGGACAACCUCCGCAGGGCUACUACUUUGCGGGCCACCCGAGUCCCGGUCAGGCGCCUUAUCCUCAGUAAAGCAUUUACUAGUGGGUAGUGGAUAGAGAUUUGCUGAGGCUCAUCCAUUUCUCGUCGUCCUGCAAUCACUACGAGGGACACAUACAAGCUGCUCUGACGUGCUACUACUCGCUACGGCUUACCAUAGCCUCUGAUUCUCCUAUAUCUCAUCUCAUCUCCUUUACCCGAAUACAAC